AUGGCAAUGGAAGAUUUCCUUCCUGUUCCUUUCGAGGAGUGGGUCCAGGAACCAGAGGUCAUAAUUGGCUUGGUGAUGGCUGGGGUUGCUCCAGUGGCUGUACCGGCAUUGAUAUGCUCCGAAUUUUGGUUCAACGGCGGCUCGUCAGAUGGCGUGCACAAGGACACAGCAUACUAUCAAGAAGUUGUGCGAACUACUGCGCUUCUUUGGGAAGGAAGCUGUGUCUUCCUCUUGGUGUAUGGUUGUGUCCAAUAUACAACGAUUGGUGCCAUGAUCGGAGUGUUCUUCUAUUCCGUUGUACGGUCGAUUGCGAUGACUAUAGUGACCUAUGCUCGGGUGAAGAAGGAAAACAACGGGCACGGUGUGACAGAUGAACCACUAGAGCCCGUCAGCGUGUACACUGACAUUGAAGCCGGCACAUUCCUCAAGUGUGCCAGCGUGUUUGUGCUUCAGAUGUUGCUCUAUGUUUUGCUGCUACGGUGGAUAGCCUCGAAGUCCUUUUCCGAAGAAGAAACAACGGAGCAAGAGUUGGUGCGUUAUGCAGCAGGCUCCGUUGUUGCCACCGUCCAGCGCGUGAUGAGCCAAGGGUUCCACUCAGGCGAGCUAAAGCCAUUUUGGAUGACAUAUUUCUUCAGUGGUCACGGACAAUAUCGUCGACACUAUCACUACCCCAAGAUGCGCUUACUCAUGUCGUGGAUCGUGAAUGAUAUCCUUUUCACCACAGUAUUUUUGCUCUUGCCACUCGUGACCAUGGGUUCUGACAACGACAUGGAGUUUGUUAAGGAUUGCACGGCCGUUCUUUUCAUAUCCCAAUUCGACAGCUUUGAGGCAGACAUUGGUGAAGGGCAUUAUUUGCGAGCGGGUCGUGAACACAAGGACGAGAAACGAGGCAAAGAGACAGUUCCCGCAGAGCUUGCAACGCACACGGCAGAAGCCGUUUCGGACAAAGGCACUGAAAUGGAAGAGCAAACUGGAGUCAAUCACGCUAAGGAUCUCAGCACACGAAUGUCCGACUCCUUCUCAGUUUGCUUUGCAUUAGCUCAAACAUGGAAACUUUCGCAUCCUGAUAAUUGCGGCCGUGGGCCACGCUCUGUCAUCGGCCAUGGACUGACCCUGGUCGCCAAGCGGAGGUCGAGUGCUCCCCUGACAGCGUGGUCAGGGAAGGAUGAGAUGUGGAAUCGCGUUCAGGCUUUUUUUCUGCUGAUCUGCAUUACAACUGCGAUUGCAGCAUCUCCGGUUCGCUUCUUCCUUUAUCCACCCCAUUUUGAAAGGGACGGCUUUCUGAGCAUCUGGUACAGCCAGCUAUAUGAGGAGCUGCAGUUGCACCCAUGGCGCACCACAUCACCAGAAGAAGCGUCCAUUUUCUUCCUCGGCAUCGAUGUCAGCUGUGCUUAUCUUUGGCCAGUGUAUUCGGCUCCAGUUCCCGGUGCUGCGAACUACGUCACGCAGGCUCGCUGGGGCACGUUGGGCGAUGCCCGAGCUUGCCGCGAAAGCCGCCAAGCCCGCCUGGAAGCAUAUGUCCGAAAUGGCUGGGCCACAUAUUGGGGAACAGCUGGAAAGCAGCACAUUGUUUUCGACCAGUUGUGCUACCAUCCCUUGUCAGAGCUGGUGCAUGCGCACCAUUCGGUGACUUUGGCGGGAGUGGGCCAGUUGAAAGGAAGACCAUAUGGGUACAGAAGUGGUAUCGACAUUUCAUGGCCUGAGAUGCCCGUCACAGUCGAGCAACCGCCGCUGAGAGGAUGCAGCUGCUCACCUCGCAAACGGCUAGUCUCCUUUCAAGGAGCGCAAACGCGGCCAGUGAGGCAGAAGCUACGUGCACUUCAUGAUGGGGAUGAAAUUGUGGUCAAUGUGGUUGAUGUAUCGAAGAGUGCUUUGAACACCACCGAUGCUCGCUGGGACAUCAGUCACCCGAUCAAAUCUGAGUAUGCCGCGCUUAUGCGGGAGAGUGAGUUUGCGCUUGCGCCUGCUGGCCAUAGUCCAUGUUCAUUGCGACUCUACGAGAUCAUGUCAUUCUGCGCCAUCCCAGUGAUCCUUGCGGAUGACAAGCUGCUACCAUUCUCGGAGAUCUUGAACUGGUCAGAGAUGGCUGUAAUUCUGCCUGAAUCGGCGGCGGCAACUGUGCCCGAUGUCCUUCGUGCACUCGGCCCAAAGCAGAGAUGUCGAAUGCGACGGCAGGCAGCUCAGGCAUUCCACUCCUAUUUCGCGAAUGUCUCAGCAAACGUGCGCGGUUUGCUGGAAGUUGCAUCCCUGAACUCGAAAGAAGGUUGGAAGGCAACCAGCGACUCACAGAAGUUAGCUUCAGACUUCCGGGAGCAGUCUUCAGCUCUUGCUUGGUCUCCGUUUGCUGUGGAGGAUCUUCGGAGACAAAGACUUGCGUUGCAGUGGUUGCCGGCCGUCUCACCUAGCAUGGCUUCGGCUGCGGAUUGCCGCAUCUCCUGGGAUGAUCUGCAGGCGCAUUCGGCCUCUGCACACUCAGAAAGCCUGACUGCUUUGGUGACCUGGGCUUUGGCAUCACUUGGCGUGCUCGACAUGGGUGCAACAGGCUCCUUCCGCCAGCUGAGAAAUUUUGGACUCCAGGACCAUUUCUUGGAGCAUAUGGAUGCAAGUGGUGAUCCAGUGGAUGUCUUCAAGUCAUCUUCCGCUGCACUGGAGGCCUUGGUCCGAGCGGCUGUGGCUGCCAGGGACGGUGACAAAGAUGGGAAGCUGAAUCUUCAGGAGUUUGACGUCGAGGCUAGCAAACAAACCGACGCUGCUCCUUUGCAGUUCUCCAAGCUAGAUGCUGACAAUGACAGUGCCCUUGCCAUUCGAGAGUUGCUCGUGGAGCAGUUGUCUCUUGAUGGCUGGGUGGACUCAUUGAGACGAGGCUUUGAACUCGCCGAUGCCGACAAGGACGGUCGCUUAAGUGGCCUGGAGCUGGAGAGGGAGCAAGCAUUGCCGCUUCUUCACAUGAUGGAAGAGUACCCGACGUCUACACGUGCAAGAGUAUCUGAUGUCCGAGAGGCCAGGCGAAACUGUGCCGGUGUGAGAUCAGCGCAGUCAUCCACCGCCCAGUUGGUGAGUGAACUCCGCAGUUGCGGUUACAUCCAUGUGCAGCCCGACUGGUUCGACCAGGGCUAUGUGUCCAGACUGCUGAAGGACACUCUAGCGCCACCGCAUGGGCCGUUUGAGAAGUCCUUACCGUUCACUGCCCCACAAGCCCUGCUUUGGGACCUCCUGAAGGCGGCUGUUGCUCCGAGUACAUGCUGUGACCUGAUUUCCUUGUCCAUCCAAUGCCUUUCUUGCGCUGUCGAGUGGAACGAAACGGAGUUACUGUGGAGUGGUCCCAACAUCAUCACGCCGAACCGCUACACAGUGCUGGUGGCUUUGCAAGCAGUGACAUCCCCAGUGAUAGGUUUUAUCCCGGAAGUGAAGAACGACAGAUUCGUGGCAGACGAGCGCAACAGUUUCUGCGGGGGCUCCAGAAACUCAGAUGCGCAUCCUUCUCUCCGCACUAGAGAUGGAUAUGCUGCCCGAUUCUUGGCCGCCGGCACUGUGAUAGUUUAUGAUUGGAACUUGGUUCAGCGCCCCUUUUGCAUCAAAAACACGGCACGAUUUCUCCGGUAUGAUUUGGUGGCCGCGGUUCCAUCUGACCGGUUGAGCGGUUUGCGCGUGUUAGCCGGCGUGGAUCCCACAGCUAUUUCGGAACAUCAGCGCCAAACGGCGCUGCAGCAGGUCAUGUUGGCAGAGAGCGUGAAGAGCGAUGAGCUUUAG